AUGAUAAGAGGGAAAACUCUUUCACUUCCUGUUCGGACUUUCAAAUCAUCAACAUGCAUCCCUCUCAGAUAUUAUCAUCACUCCUCUCACCAAUUAAAUACUACCAAUAAUAAUAUCAAUAACAAUCAAUUUAUUGAAAAUAAUAACAAUAGUAAUGGAUUCUUCUCAUGUUACUCAUCAGCAAAAUUCACUCUUCCCACUCAUCACACACUUAAAGCAAAAUGGAUUCAAGUACCAAAGGCACUCUCCGAAUCUAAUGCUGUUUUAAAGACUGAAAUUAAAGUACCAGAUCCCAUUCCGAUAGAUUUAGUUAAACAAGUUCAUGAUCAUGAUUUUGUGGAUAAAUUUCUUGAUGGUACCAUCUCUCCGAAAGAUAUGAAGAGAAUUGGAUUUGGAGAAUGGAAUGAAGCAGUCAGAAAUAGAGUUAUUCACACAAUUGGAGCUACUUUAUGUGCCACUAAGGAUGCACUCAAUUUAAACGAAUCUAGGAGAAGUUCCAAUUUAGCAGGUGGAGGACAUCACAGUUUUUAUGAUAGAGGAUCUGGCUAUUGUAUUUGGAAUGAUAUUGUUAUAGCAGGUCAAUAUUUAAUUAAUUCUGGAGCUAUUGGAGAGGGAAGGAAAUAUUUGGUAAUUGAUUUGGAUGUUCACCAAGGAGAUGGUACUUCUAAUUUAUGUAGAUUAUUGCAUUCAGGAAAAUCUUUCACAUUCUCCAUGCAUUGUAAACAUAAUUUUCCAAUUCAUAAGGAAAAAAGUGAUUGGGAUGUAGAAUUAGAAGAUAAUAUGAAAGACGAGACCUAUUUGAGAAUUCUUUCUGAUUGUUUGGAUACUCUCGAACAGGAACAUAGGGGAAAGAUUGAUUUCAUCUUUUUCCAAUCUGGUGUGGAUGUUUUACAAGGUGAUAGAUUGGGAAGAUUGUCGCUUUCCCUCGAGGGAGUUCUCAAAAGAGAUCAAAUGGUUGCAGAAUUUGCCGAGAGAAUGGCUCUCCAUGAUCCACUAUUUCACACUGAUACGAAUAGGGCAAUUACCAUUCCAUUGGUUAGUAUGAUGGGAGGUGGGUAUAUCACUGAGAAGGAAAAUACAAUUGAUAGAGUUUGUAGUGCCCAUUCGAAUACUGUAAGAACAUUGAGAAACUAUUGGACAUUGAAGGAAAAUUCAACACGACUCGAGUUGAAUGAUUCAAAUCCCAAAGAGCUCCCAGGGCGGCUGAAAGGUUGGACAAGAGAAAUGGAUGAACAAACUCAAAUUUAUUGA